UCCUUUGCUUGCUAGGUGUUGGCCAUGGAAGAGAGUGGGGCAUGUUCAGGAAAAGGACGGUGCCAUGGCAUCUGAAUCCAAAUGCUGAUAACCACCCUUACCCUUUUUUUUUCACUUUAAAAAUCAAACCUUUUUCUUUUCAAAUACCAAACCCAACCAACGCACAAACCCACCUUAACAAGCUUUAGUUUUCUUGGCUGGCGGUUGUCUACAAUCUGCGUCAUGGACGGUGUUAUUGUGAGAAGAGUUAUUCCUUCAGAUAACAGUUGUCUCUUCAAUGCAGUUGGAUAUGUAAUGGAUCAUGACAAGAAGAAAGCCCCUGAGUUGCGACAGGUUAUAGCUGCAACAGUGGCAAGUGAUCCACAGAAAUAUUGUGAAGCAUUUCUUGGGAAGCCAAACGCAGAAUAUUGUAACUGGAUUCUUGACUCAGAGAAGUGGGGAGGUGCAAUCGAACUUGCAAUAUUAGCAGAUUAUUAUGGACGUGAAAUUGCAGCAUAUGAUAUCCAGACAACUCGAUGUGAUUUGUAUGGUCAGGAAAGUAACUACUCUGAAAGAGUGAUGCUAAUUUAUGAUGGUCUCCACUAUGAUGCAUUAGUGAUGUCUCCCGUUGAGGAUGCUCCUGAAGAGUUUGAUCAGACCAUAUUUGCGGUUCAGCCGAACAGAAGCAUUGGACCUGUGGAGAGGCUUGCUCUAAAUUUUGUGAAGGACCAGCAGAGGAAACGGAGUUACACUGACACUUCCAAGUUCACUCUGCGCUGUGGGGUAUGCCAAAUUGGAGUAGUUGGGCAGAAGGAGGCAAUUGAGCAUGCACAGGCCACUGGUCAUGUUAACUUUCAAGAGUAUAGAUGAUGCACAUUACAUUGAUUUGAAAGAGAUACAGAUGUAUGUGUAGUCUCGGUUGAUUUCAAUGACCUUCAUUGCAGACAGUAUAACUGAAUAAUUUCUGCAUGAGAAUUGUUGUGCCAAUUUCUGUUGUAAUAUUAUUACCUUCCUCCCACCUUUUAAAUGAUUUUUCCUGGUAGAGCUUUUUAUCAAAUAAGUUUCAUUUUUUUUCCUUGUA